GGCCGGGGCAAAUCUUGUUGGCUAAGGAUCCACGAGCAAUCAGAAAAUCCCUGGCUGUUUCCGUCCACUUUUUCGCCCUUUUUCAGUAUAUAAACUCCACCUCGCCAGCUCUGAAAAGGAAUCCAUCCAUAGCUCACAUCUCCAGACUUUCUCGUGACUUCGUCAACGGCCUUCGUUACAAAAAGUACUGACUACAAUUCCAUGGAAGACCAAGCUUGGAGUCCUGUCCUAUCUACUGCAUCGGGAAGCUACCGCUCGAAGCUAAAGUCCCAUUUCGAAACCUGUGUCGAUUUCGAGGAAGUAGAUGGUGACGGCGAGCUGAAGACCGCAUAUCCGUGCCUAUUUUGUGGAGAGGAUUUUGAUCUUCUGGAACUGUGUUGUCAUAUUGAGGAGGAUCAUUCGGUCGAAGCGAAGACCGGGAUUUGUCCUCUCUGCGUUACAUGGGUGGGCACGAAUUUGGUUGAACACAUAUCAGCACAACAUGGAAACAUACUUAAGAGUCAAUUCAAAUCUGGAUACCCUAAAUUCGAGCCCUAUGGAGCCCUUUCCCUUUCUAGUAAAGAUCUAAUGGAUGGAGAUGGAUGUUGGCAGUCUUUUUCUAUUGGUUCAUCUUGUGAGAUUUCUACCUCAAAGACAGCAUGUGAUCAAUUGCUAUCAUUUCUUUACUGUUCAUCUGCUUUGGAUGAACGUGAAAAUCUGCAGCCUGCUUCAAGCAAAGAAAGCAUAGAAGAAGUAGACUCAGGAGAGUCAGUGCCAGCAAGAGAUGUUCAACAAUCCUUUACUGACGAAGACCAGAUAGGGAAAGCACAGCGAAGUGCAUUUGUACAAGAACUUUUUGUGUCCACUAUCCUAGACUCCGACUUCUGAUCAAGACAAUCAAGGCAAUCAAAGCAGCAGCCAGUUUCUAUAAUGAAAAUGAUGGUUGAUCAUAUUUUCCCCCUGACAAAUUAACACAAACUUGGUCUACCAUAUAAUUUUUUUUCGAUCUGAUGGUCUACCAAAGUUCGGUUGUAAAGAAUGCACCUUGGUGACAUAGUUUGAUGUCUAGUUGUCAGGUCUCCAUUGGGUUAGUUUAAUAAUUUUAGUAGCAAGUCUAUACAAUAAUUCUGUAUUUUUGUUGUACAAGUUAAGGUAUAUAGGGAGCUAAGGUAUAUAGGAAAAUAGGAAUUAAAUGUACUGUCUAUAUGGUACUACUUCAGAAAUUAGGAAUUAAAUGUACCGUCAUUGGAGGCAAUGUAAUUUUAUAGCUCAGAACAACUCCAAGUCCUAUUCUACUUCA